CCAGCCUAGAGUUGAAACCACGUCAGCCAACCGCACCACUGUGCAUUGCUAUAUGGAGUUGAUUCUCGUGAGAAUGUCUUUGAGGCAGCUGGGUGGGUUUGCUUGGCCAACUUGGCAGGUUUGGGCUUCGUAGUAGAAUACGAGUCUGGGCGCGUAUUAUGAAUAAGGCACUAUUUCCUCGUUCGUUGAUUUCAUUUUUCUAGAUCCUUCAAAACUAUUGACUUCAUCAUUUGCUUCUUCUCAGUUCUUUUAGCGGCCGGACCGUUCUCUCUUAUGCAAUUAUGCUUAUUCAAUCUCACUUCUCUAUUCUCGUUCUUGUGCUAGGUCUCUUGGAUACUCAGGCUGCAGCGUCUCCACGGCGGAAGAAGGUGAGCUCAGUCACAGGCGGAGGUAUCACUCAAGCGCCGACGGCUCAGCAGCAAACCGCACAGAUCAAAGGCGGUGUGUCAACUGCGACUGAUGGGUCCACGAUCCUCGAUCAGACCGUGACAGUUAAUGGCCUAGACAUGCGCUUCAAAGUCAGCGCUCCUGCAGACCAAUUCACAACUACCUCCGGCGUUGACGGCGGUACGGCAGACCCCGGUACCGCGGGAGCAAUGGGCAUCAAUAUCCUCCUACACGGCGACGGCGGCCAAUCUUUCUUCGACUUUCCAAACCAAGCCGUACAAGCAAACCUCAUGGGUGUCGUCAUGCUAGCCCCAGACCCAAACCUCUUCUGGGGAGGUGGCAGUGGGCUCAAUCGAACUGACGGCGCCGCGCACUCGCAAGCUGUGAAUGACUUGAUCUUGAACGAGCUACCGAACGUGGUUGCAUACAACAAGUCACAGGUCUUCUUUACCGGGGUUUCGGGCGGCUCGCUGCUACUCAGUGGCUUCUUCAUACCGGCACAGAUGACGAACUUCCAGGGCACAGGGGUGCUGUUGAACUGUGGAGGGCUGGAGCUGCAGGUUAACUUUGUGGACGCCGAUGCUGUUAUAUCGAGUACGACGAUUCAUUUCCAGAGUACUCAGGAUGAGUUGGCUUUGCUACAGCCGGCUAUACCGAGCGCAAUUGUGGCGUACGAGAACUUAGCGACUUCAGGGGGCCUGUCGACCGCUCAGAUUAAUGCAUUACAGACCGUGGAUAACUCUCCACAGGGCGGACAUUGCGAAUUUGAUGGGAAAGACUUUGUCAGCGGGGUCCAAGUUAUGGCUGAUGCGUUUUCCAACGUGAUCCAGCCUGGUGGAAAUGGGCAGGUUGAUGGUAUUGGGAAUGUCCUGAAUGGUGUUGUGGGCAAUGAGCAGUUGUCCUUUUCUGGUCAGACCUAGAACGUUCGACUAUGUAUAUGAAAAAAGCGCGUUAUCUUUAACAGCUUUAAAAAUCCAAGGGAUACAGUGUUCAAUCGGGCUACUAUGCCUCUCAAGCAUAGAGGAAACAC